ACUAAGAUGGAUCUUUAAGAGCUGCUAGCACCUGACACUGAUCAGUGUUACGGUGUAGUGUCUGCGUGGCAGUGGUGCCACAGAGGUAGGCGGAGGAGCUGCCCUUCUGUUGCGCAAUGCGCAGUAUCGGGCUGUUGGAUCAGCACAGAGGAGUGCAUGUUCUUAUUUCUGGUCAACUUUAACUGACAGCAAAGCCUCGGUAGCUUAACUGUCAGCUUUUACGCCAAGGCGAAGAAGCGUGAGAGCUGAAAGCUUGGUGUCGCGGUGUGAGAGCUGAAUGCAUCCCGAUUUUCUGCGAGUGCCGCUGAACUCCUAACAGGUGUUGGGAGGCGCGCCGCCCGGAGAGCGAACAUGUCCAAUGGGAGAGAGACAAACGCCGCGGAAAACUCCUCUGAGAUGACCCUAAAAGAGUGCUUGGAUGACUGUAUGGAAGCGUUGGAUCUCUUCCUUAACAACCACUUCAAUGAGAGCCUGGAGAAGCUGCGACCAAGAGUGAAUGAGAGCAUGUACCAUGCUCUUAUCUACGCCACAGUGUUGGAAAUGCAGGCAAUGAUGACUUUCCAGCAGGAUGACAUCACCAAUGCAGGAAAUACCAUGAAGAGUGCCCAGGACGUCUGUCAGAGGUUUCGACGGAAGUCUUCCAGCCUUUCCAACAAAUCAGCAGGAGGGUCACUUUCUGAAGUGCAGCUCCAUGCAGAAGUCUGUUAUGCAGAGUGUCAACUCCAAAGAGCUGCCCUCACCUUCCUGCAGGAUGAGAACAUGGUGAGUUUUAUCAAAGGAGGAAUCAAAGUACGAAACAGUUACCUUAUUUACAAAGAGCUGCAUUCCUUCAUAAAAUCGCACCACUGUCUCAAAGAACCCAGCCACGUUCACUUAGAGGGAGGAAUAGCAUUCGGGAUAGGGGCGUUUAAUCUGACUCUCUCUCUCUUCCCUCCACGGAUACUCAAAGUUUUGGAGUUUGCAGGCUUCUCUGGAGACAAGGAAUACGGCUUGUCUCUUUUGAACGAUGGUGCGACGGGGAUGAACUUGCGCUCUAUGCUGUGUGCUCUGCUGCUGCUCUGCUACUACACCUUCCUCACAUUCAUACUAGGGACAGGCGAGGGAGAGGUGGUGGAAGCUGAGAGAUUGCUGAAACCUUUCCGUCUGCGCUACCCACGGGGGGCCAUAUUCCUCUUCUUUGCUGGUCGAACUGAGGAAAUCAAAGGGAACAUUGAUGAGGCAGUGAAACUCUUUGAAGACGGCUGUAAGGCCCAGCAGACAUGGAAGCAGUUUCACCACAUGUGCUACUGGGAGCUGAUGUGGUGCUUCACGUACAAGCGUGCGUGGAAGAUGGCGUACUUCUACGCUGACCUGCUGAGCAAGGAGAGUCGUUGGUCCAAGGCCAUGUAUGUGUACAUGAAAGCUGCUUACCUCAGUAUGCUGCCUAAAGAUGAGGCCAGGCCUUUUGGGGAGGACGAGGUAGAACUCUUUAGACAAGUGCCUACCUUGAAGCAGAAGAUAGCGGGGAAGUCUCCUCCAACGGAGAAGUUUGCAAUUCGUAAAGCCAGACGCUACAAGGCUGCCCUCCCAGUCAGGUUACCUGUACCAGUGCUGGAAAUGAUGUACAUGUGGAAUGGAUUCAGUAUGAUCAACAAGAGACCAGAGCUAACGGAAGGCAUGAUGCAGACGUUGGUGGAGGCAGAGCGCACUCUACUGGAAGCUCCUGUAAAUGAGUACACAGUGGACGACCGCUGUGUGAUCCACAUGUUGAAGGGCCUUUGUUUGAAGAAUCAAGGCCUCCUCCAGGCCGCUGAAGAGUGCUUUAACAAAGUGUGUUCCAGUGAAAAGAAGAUCAGGUUUGAUCACUACUUGGUGCCCAACUGUCUCGUGGAGCUCAGUCUGCUUUACAUAGUCCAAGGCAGAAGGGACGAAGCUAUUAAAAUACUGCACAAGGCCAAGCACAACUACAAAGACUACUCCAUGGAGUCUCGCACACAGUUCAGGGUGCACGCUGCUCUUGCCAAACUCAAGGCUGAUCCCGGUGAGGAUGAUGACACCCACCUCUAAGACUGCUUGGGCUCCUUCCGCUGGAGUCUCCAAUUCCCCUCACAGUUACAGCUACUUCAGUUUUUGACCAAAGUGCCUUUUUCAACAAGUGUACACUGGGUAUGGUAUUGCUGUGGUCAGGUUUACCUUUGUGUGAUCAUAUGCACUCCACAAUUUAAGCUGGACAAAGGUGUAAUCUGUAGAAUAUUUGUCAGUGAGGCACAGCUGAGGGACCUUUAAUUUCACCACCUUCUACAGGUUCACACACACUUGACAUGUAUUUUAUAGGCCAUGGUUUUAUUGUUUACACUGAUAAACACCAUAUCUUAAGCAAUUGGAAGCCACGAGAAAUAUUUAAUAGAAUUAAAACCUAAUGAAAUGCAAUGAAUUUAUUUUACUGUUCUAAAAGAGCUCUGUGUA